AUGUUUGGGCUGGAGCAGUUUGGUUCUCAGAUUAAUAGCAUAAACCCUGCCCAGUCAGAGAGAAACAUAAACCAGCCAAGACUGAACAUGAGCUCCCAUUACAAAAGCCCCGGCUUUCAUACCGGAGGCCCACCUGGAGCCGUGGAGCCGGGCAUGGGCCCUUUGAACGAGCCUCCGAUGCUUGGGCUCAAUAUGAACAUGAAUGGGGAGCAGUAUGGCAGCUUUCACCCGCGGGGCCACUCGGACAUGCAUGCAGGCAGCGGACUCCAACAGCAACAGCAAGGACCCAUGCAUGGAUUUUUUAACAACCAGCAACCUCAUCAAGGCCAUCCCCACGGCCACCAGUCUCACCCUCACCAACACCACCCUCAUUUCAAUGGGAACUUUGGAGGCCCAGACCCAGCAUCAUCCUGUCUGCAUGGUGGCAGAUUGAUGGGCUACAACAACAGUGGCAUGGGGCCUCAGCAGGGCUUUGGAGAGGGGUUUGACCCCAUUGUUGAGGGCCAGGCAGGGGAUGGCUUCUCGCAGCAGCAGCAGAGAUCUGGUAACAUGUCUGAGUUCCAGCACAACGGCCCCCCUAAUGGCAACCAGGCUGUCCCUGCCCCCUGUCUGCCCCUGGACCAGUCACCUAACCGGGCAGCAUCCUUCCAUGGUCUGCCCUCCUCUUCCUCCUCAGAGACCCAUGGUCUGGAGCCUCGACGGAUGCCCAAUCAGGGUGCUGUGGAGGGAUUAGAGUAUAAUUUCCCCAGCGAGCCCCCAACUGGACAUUUUGAAGUACCUGUAUUUUCCCCCUCAGAAUCAGAGUCUCAACUGCCCCACUUUGGGACAGGAAGGCCUGUGGCCGGUGGCAGUUUCCCUGGAAACCCUGCCAUGGCUCGGACACCGGGUAUGCAGGGCAUCUCCAAAGGGCACCAGCAGCCACCCCCACAGCCCCAGCAGCCUCAGCCUCCCCCACAGCACGGAGUGUUUUUUGAGCGCUUUGGGAAUGGCCGUAAGAUUCCUGUGGGGAUGGAGCUGGGGGUCAGUGCUAGACACCCUCUCAUACAGCAGCAGCAGCAGGCUGGUUUGAUAGUGCGACAGAACUCAUGCCCCCCUGGCCUCCCCCGGCCCCCCCAGUCUGAGCCGGGCUCCACCAACCCCAACAUGCUGGACGGUGGCGUCAUGAUGCCUGGCCAACACAACCAGUUUGAAUAUCCUAUUCACAGACUGGAAAAUAGGGGCCUGCACCCCUAUGGGGACCCCAUGUUUAAUAUGCAACAGCCGGCUCCCCCUCCUCCCGCCCAACAGCCUCCGAAUCAGAGGCUGCAACACUUUGACAGUCCUUAUAUGAACAUGGCUAAAAGGCCCAGAUUUGAGUUCCCUAACGCACAUGGAGGGGAGAAUUGUGGCACGUGGGGUAGUGGCAUGCACAAUGCACAGGGAAUGGAGAACCACCUCUCUCCCUCAGCCUACCCUGGCCUACCUGGGGAGUUCACCCCACCUGUGACAGAUGGAUUCCCCCCGGGUCCACUCCAGCACGCUGGGCCUGAGCAGCAGUCUAUGCAGCAGCGGCAAAACGCGGCCAUGAUGAUCAAGCAGAUGGCCUCUCGGAACCAGCAGCAGAGGAUGAGGCAGCCAAGCCUGCAGCAGCUGGGUCACCAUGGCGACGUACCUCCGGGCCCCAUGGUUCAUGGAGGCCCAGUGGGGAGCAUGCCUCAGCCCAACUUUGACAGGGAGAAUGAGGGCAGGAUGCCCAACUUUGAGGGUCAGAACCCUCAUAUAACUCAGGAGAACUGGUUCCCCGGUUCCCACCCACCAGGAGAGAUCAUGUCGCGGCGUAUGGGUGUAACGGGUGGGGAGGCUGUGGCCCAUGACAUGGGGCUGCAGCAGAACGGAGUCGGUAUGAUGUUCAGGCCGGGCAUGAAUGGGAUGGGCAUGCAGGAGCCAAUGAGGAUACCUGGAGAUGGGCACGUACAGGCCCUCCACUCUCCUGGCAUGCACCCCCAGUUUGGCAACAACAUGGGCAAUCUCUCCCAGAUGCAGUCCCCCGGAGCCGGGGUAGGACACCCCAAUGCACCAUCAGAGAGGCGGCCGACUGACUUCCCUGCCGGGCCUCCCAUGGGAGCUCAACCAACAUUUCCUUAUGGAGGGGCUAACCGUCAGGGGGCACCACAUAACAAUCCCCAGGGGGUGAACACCUCACCAGGGAGCUACCCUCCACAGUCUGAGUUCCCCCCAGGCCAGCGAUCCUCUGUCAGUAAACUUGGGGCACUCUCCCUGGGGAACUUUAGCAAAACCAGCACUAAAGACAAUGUUUUUGGACAGAGCUGCCUGGCGGCCCUUUCCACGGCCUGCCAGAACAUGAUAGCUAGCCUAGGGGCCCCCAACCUAAACGUAACAUUCAACAAGAAGAACCAAAAUGAGGGCAAGCGAAAACUGAGUCAGACGGAGCAGGACAUUAAUAGCAGCACAGUUAACGGGACUGGCAGUGCUGGUCCUGAAUAUUUUCAGAGCGGCACUUCCCAGAACAGCCAGAUGCCUGGCACCGGGAAUAGCAACAUUAAGCCUGCAGGUCAAAACCAGACGUUGCAGGGGGAAGCCAGUGCCCUCUCCCCAAAUUACAACAUGGACGCUACCCCAUGCAGUGAGGGGAAAGCAGCAACAGGGAAUGGGAGAGGGAGAGGGAGGAGAAAAAGGGACAGUGGGCAUGUGAGCCCUGGGAUCUUUUUGUCCUCUGACAGCGGACACCCUGUUGUAAGUCCAGGCCAGCAACCCCCUUCAGCUGGCGUUGGGGAGAGGGGUGGGGGUACGCCCCAUGAGAAACCCCUUCCAUCCCCCUCCUGGGGAAAGGGAGGUGACCUGAUGCUGGGGGACCAGGCAGACCUGAUGUCUUCUCUGGACAGUGGCAUUCAGAGUAUCACCAAGUCUAACAGUAGCUCACCGCGUGUGGAUCUUCCUGACGAUGUCAUCGCCCACUACGGCAACGAGGAUGAGGUGUCCUCUAGCUCAGAUGCAGGAGGUGCCCCUGCCUCCAAGCCCAACCGCAGCCCGCACAUCACCGGCUCACCCAAGCUGCAGAGGGGGGAACACGGCCUGAUGAAUGGGCAGAAGCCCCUAGGCAUGCAGGACAUCACCAAUCACACUACUUCGACACUCGAAAGCUAUGGACUGAGUGCUGGUGUGGGGACAGGUGGUAACGGAGUUGGUCACCCUGGCACACCUGGGAUGGAGCAGGUACGCACUCCAUCCAGCACCUCUGGCCAGGACGACAUCCACCCUCUGGAGAUACUGCAGGCCCAGAUCCAACUGCAGCGCCAGCAGUUCAGCAUCUCAGAGAACCAGCCCCUGGCCAUGAAGAAUGGGAAGAAGAGUGGCGACUGUCUCUCACAGAAUGGAGACAAUGAGCUGGCGAGCUGCAGCCCGGAUGCUGGGAAGGGCUCAAUGGGCACUAUUGACCUUGACACUCUGAUGGCAGAGCAGCAUGCCACCUGGUACGUGCCCAGUGACAAGGCCCUGAUGGAUGGGCCAGAGGAUGACAAGGCCAUGGCACCCUGGGAAAAAAACAAGAGCCAGAAUAACAGCAAAGAAGGUAAUUGAAUAUGCUCUAUGAUUAUAUUUCUCACUUUGUUUUACUAUCUGAUUAGUACUGUCUUAUUACUGUAUUUAUAUAUACACACACACACACACACAUACACACCCUUCUAGGCCUGUCACUCAACAUAUCAGCACAUAAGCCCACUGUUGUUUUGCAUGCCCGAUGAGCAGAAAAUGAAAUGAAUGCUAGACUAAAAUAAGUCAGGACUUCCUUUGUGCGUGUAGCCUAUGUCUGCAGUUAUUUGGAAAUCUCUGUCUGAGGAUAUGAUUAUCUCAGUAGGCUACAGUAUGGUGGUAUGGACGAUAUCAUUAUAUACAUUAAUAUACAUUAAUCUUUUUGAUAAGAUUAUUAUUUUAACUUGCAUGAGUUGAAUUGGAGAUACGCAGGCUCGCUCCCUAGCAACGUCUUUGAGUAAGCAAAGCACUGUAGACCGCGGGAAGGGUUGUUUGUUAACUUCGGGGUUUUGUGAAUUUUGAGAGGCUAAAAUGUAAAUGUUCUAUGUUUCACAUAGCUGUUCUGUGGAAAAAGAUAGAUCAGGUAUUUGCUUGAUUCGAGUUUUAUAUGUAGGCUAGAAAAAUACAUAAAUAAUGUAAUAUGUUUUUAUGUGUGCUUAUAGGCCUACACAUGGGAUAG